CACGUGUUUACGUACAUGUUCUUGCAACUGCGUGAGAAACAGCGUCAUUUCGAAGUACACGAAAGAAAAAGGGAAAGGGAAAACACAUUCAUGGACCACGAAUACUCUGGCGUCAGCCCCCUGGGCUCCGCCGUCGACGGCAGCAGCCAGAGCGCCCCCGACGCCGUCAUCCUCUGCUGCGAGUGUGCCGUGCCCAUUCAACCGAAUCCAGCCAACAUGUGCGUCACCUGUCUGCGCAACCAUGUGGACAUAACCGAGAACAUACCUAAGCAAGCAGUGCUGCACUUCUGCCGCAACUGCGAGCGCUACCUACAGCCUCCAACCGAGUGGAUUCAGGCAUCCCUUGAGUCCCGCGAGCUGCUGGCGCUUUGUCUUAAAAAGCUGAAGGGACUUAAAGAGGUAAAGCUAGUAGACGCCGGCUUUAUAUGGACCGAACAACACUCGAAGCGCAUUAAGGUCAAGCUCACGGUGCAUGGCGAGAUUGUUGGAGGCACUGUUCUCCAGCAGGUCUUCGUCGUGGAGUUCACUGUACAGAAUCAGAUGUGCACCGACUGUCAUCGUACGGAAGCAAAGGACUUCUGGCGGUGUCUGGUGCAAGUGCGCCAGCGCGCUGAGAACAAGAAGACAUUCUAUUAUCUGGAACAGCUGAUCCUUAAGCACAAAGCGCAUGAGCACACGCUAGGCAUUAAGCCAGAGCACGGCGGCCUCGACUUUUACUACGCGAACGAGAACCAUGCCCGUCGAAUGGUGGACUUUCUACUGACCAUGGUGCCCGGCAAAGUCACCACCUCAAAGCGUCUCAUCUCGCACGACAUCCACAGCAACAACUACAACUACAAGUACUCCUGGUCGGUGGAGCUAGCGCCGGUGUCCAAGGACAGCGCCGUCUGCCUGUCCAAAAAGCUGCGCCACCAGCUGGGCAACCUGUCGCCCAUUUGCUUAGUGAACCGCGUCUCCAGCAGUAUCCAUCUCAUAGAUCCUUUGACGGCUCAGAUUGCCGAGCUAACAUCCCAGGUGUAUUUCAGAGCUCCCUUCGAGGCUGUCUGCAAUCCCAAGCAGCUGGUGGAGUACGUCGUCAUGGAUAUUGAGGUGAUCAUGGAGAAGGAUCGUAAAACGUAUCCCGGCCAGGGUCAAUUGUCCUUCAAGCAUGCCCUCUGCGACAUUUGGGUGGUGCGUUCAUCGGAGCUCGGCAUCAAUGACAAUCCGAUUCACACACGCUCCCAUCUCGGCCACCUACUGAAGGUAGGCGACUCCGUCAUGGGCUACAACACCGGGGAGGCCAACAUCAAUGAUCCAGAAUUCGAGAAACUCGCCUCAGACCUAGUGCCCGAUGUGGUUCUGGUGCGGAAGCACUACGAUCGCCAGGCGCGCCUCAACCAGCGAGUGUGGAAGAUUAAACACUUGGCCGCCGAGGCCACAGACGAGCGCAGCAAACACGACUACCACGAGUUCCUGGACGAUCUCGAAGAGAACGUGGACAUGCGAGGACAAGUCAACAUCUAUCGCGAUACCAACAAGACGCUGCCCAUCGAGGUGCAGGGGGCCACAGGCGACGUACCCCAAAUCACGCUUGAGGAGAUGCUGGAAGACAUGACGCUGGAGUGCGCCGACGAUGAAAUGGGCGAGGCUGGCAACGCAGAGGACGAGGAGCCAGAGCUUUAGUUUUAUUCAUACAGAUUUAUUUCUUGUAUACAUAGGUACAUACAUAUAUGCCCUGUACAUAUAAUCGCUUAAUCAACUAAAAGAAACAAUUUUUUUGGAA